UAGAGUUGCAGUGUAAUUAUAGAGUGGGUUCUGUCUAUGUACAGACUUACUGUUUGGGAGGAAAAGUCUCUGCUCAUAACAGUGUCUGUGAGUGAAAAGUCCUCCUUGGUCCCUCCUCCUCUGGAGGGACGACUGCGCAAUUAUAGAAGCAUUUCUGAGGUGAAAGAAGUCUUUAGACUUGACUCGAAAUAUUCACUGACGAACAUAAACUGAGGUCAAAGCAUUGAGGAGUGCAUUUCUAACUGCACAGGGAUUGAUUAUAUUUAUAGCUGAAUUUAAACAGACCAAAACGGCAUCACCAUUAAGCGACUAAGCCUUAAAAGGAGGCCCAGAGUGGCUCUCAAUAAUGUGGAAAAACCACAAAGUGGCCAGUGGCAUUCUGCAGAAUCUUUAUCAUCAUCUGGCUGUGAUGAUACAAGAUCAAUGGGCAUGUCUUCUGCGGCAAAAAGUAAACCUCCUCUUCCUCCACCACACGGUUCUUCAUUAGACAGCAAACCUUCCAGGACUGAAAGUCCUGGCACGUCUAAGAAAUUCCCAGAGUUAAUAUCUCGGCAGCCUGAAAGACAUCCACAUUUACAGAGACAAAGUCCUGUGAUAGAACAAACAAUCUUGGAGACCCACAAACACUUCAGUCAAGAUGUGACAAGCCAGUCCCCACCUCGGCCCCUUCCACGCCGUCGACUAGCCAGCUUUGGGGGUAUGAGUACCCCUGGGUCACUCUCACCCUUCACUGGCCUGGGUGCCUAUCAGGACAUCAAUGUGAACAAGACUGCUGCUGAUGUGGGUGUCCACCUUAGCUCAUCCUUGGGAAGUAGAGGCAGCACUGGCAGCCUGAGAAUGAGCCCACAGAACUCUGGCAGAACUACUCCAGUUACAAGUCUUGGAUCAAUGCAGCUUCAGCAUGUUCGUGACCAGAUGGUGGUAGCUUUAGCAAAGCUGAAGGAACUAGAGGAACAGGUGAAGAUCAUCCCUAUUCUCCAGGUAAAAAUCUCAGUGCUCCAAGAAGAAAAGAGGCAGCUGGUCCUUCAGCUGAAGAACCAGUGUGACAAUGAGGAUAUGGAAAGAUCUUGCAAUUUAGAAUGGUCUGACUCAGAGAAAAAGGUGAAUACAGAUCUAGAACUUAAAGAUGUUGGUAAAGAUAACAGCUCUGACUUUAGAGAGUUCAGGAAACUAUCAGAGGAAAUGCAGGCAUUGGAAAGAACCAUCAGAAAUGGACAUUUACAAGGACUGACAGAAAAAGGCUGUAGCUCCGUGCAAGUUAAGGCUAGUAAGUCUGUUGCUGUUGGGACUGAUAUAAAUGUGGACAUGACUGCAUCCAAAACCUCUAAAGAAAGCAAAUAUACAUUCACUGAUCCAAUAGAGACAACAUCCAUAGCAACGGAAGUAACAGAGGUUCAUCUUGGACUUUAUUCCGAACAAGAGGCAGAACUUAAGGCCCAGAGACAACUAAAUGCUGCCCUGAGGGAGAGAGUUUGCCACUUAGAAGCAGAGUUGAAAGAAUCAGCUCUCCAGACAGAGUUGGUCUGUCUGAAACUGGAACUUCAGGCUGCAGGAGCCAGAAAUCGAGCUGACAAAGCCUGCUUAGCUCAUCCAUCCACUGUCAGCACAGGCACGGAGACAAAACUGUCCACAAACAGCCAGGGAGUAGGGAACCAUGUUGAGCUUCGAGAUGCCGGCACAGGAGAGACAAUGCAGGUCAAAAGUGUGGGAGUAUCCUGUGAGCCUACAGUGAAGACCAUUUGCACAGGACCAGAUGUGCCCAUCAGACACUGGGAGGUCAGGAAGCAAGUGGAGACCAGGGAAAAGGCUGUGGGGAUCCAAGUUCCCACAAGAACACAAGGAACUGCUACAGAGAUUCAACUGUGUGAUGCAGAAAGCAACACAGAGGAACCAGUAGAGAAUCUGGAGUGCAAGAAAGCAAAUAUUAGGUGUCAAUCGUUGGUUCAUGAGGAUUAUUCCAUCAGUAUGACUGUUGGUGAGGCAAAGCAAAAGGUUUCUCAAGGUUUCACCACAGAUGUAGUCAGAGGAGUUGAUCUGGGAAUCAUGGCAUCACCACAAACAGCCUCACAGCUCACCAACACUGUAUCCAGUUCAGUGUCUCGAUUUACGAACACCAGCCAAGCCUUCAGCAACAAUUCUAGCACGAAUACACAUCUCAGUAAACAAGACAAGCACACCAACACCUCUCACAUUUUCUCUCGCACAGUGUCUGUCGGCAAUAGGAUUCAAGGCUAUAUGUGUACCACAGAAACCCGUUCAGUUGGUGUAAAUACAGCAAAUCUAGCUGAAAGUAUUUUAAAACAAACCCAGGAGACAGUGAACAAAGUGACUCGAGACUGUGGGGUUGGAUUCACAAGUAUAUAUGAGAAUUUUCUGGUAGGACUAAAAACUCGGAAUAUGGCCUCUGGACCAUCCCGUCUUCCUGAUCCCAUCAAGACAAAGAGCGUAGGUGUUGGAGAAGGGAGGAUACGAGAUACUUCAUCUGAUGUGUCAAGACAAAAGAUCCAGCGUUCCACACAGUUCCAGUGGGAUCUUGAGUUGAACCAUUACAUUGAGAAGAUGCACAGACUCUUAAAGGAGCAUGGAGAUCUUCUAACAGGGGACUGUGAUCUUUACAACAAACCAAAACCAUUCUGUGAUACUAAAGAUGUGGCACAAGGAGGGACAGAAGAACAUCAAUUCAUUUCUCAACUAAGAGCCAACACCAACAUGCCUUCUAUACCUCAACCAUUACUUGCAUCUGGUAAAAGUGGUAAUCAAAGUCCAGGAACCAACCAACAGGAUGGUAACAAGUCAGAAGUGAAACGAAUGAUUAAGAUGUUGGAACAGCAGUCAGACUCCAAUCCACAAGACAGAUCUAAUGUCUGUCAGCCGUGGUCAGUAAUGAAGAAACAAGGUGGCGACCAGUGUGGCAGCAACAGGAAAAACAUGAAGUUUAUGAAGGUGAAUGCUGGAUUGGACUUAAUGUCAACCUGUGAGCCUGAGGAAGAACCAAGAAAAGGAUGUCAAACUUUUACGAAUUUCUCUCAAGAUGGGCUUCAAGGAAAAAAGGGAAAAGAUGGCUGUAAAAAGGGAUCAAAGGGAUCUUUAAAAUUAUAUAGGCAACAGAGGUGUAAGUUAAGUGAAAAUAUGUUUUCUGCCUGCCAAGCUCUGAAGAUGCACCUGAGUGAGACCACGGCUCUGAGCAGCAGAGACAUGCAGGACAGUCUGUGCGCAGUCCAACAGGAGUGGUUCUCUGUGUCCAGCCACAGGUCAGCAGCUCCUGACGUCGUAGGCGACUACUUGUCCACGUUUCGGAUGAUUUCGCCCUCAGUGCUGCGGUACAUCGUCAACAUGACUGACGGCAAUGGAAACACAGCGCUUCACUACAGUGUUUUUCACUCCAACUUUGGUGUCGUGAAAAAGCUGCUUGAUGCAGAUGUGUGUGACGUGAACACACAGAACACGGCAGGUUACACUCCCAUCAUGCUGGCUGCUCUGGCUGCUGUGGAAAAUCCAGAGGACCUGAGAGUUGUGGAGCAGCUCUUCGCUAAAGGAGACGUUAAUGCUAAGGCAAGCCAG